GAGCCACCAUCGAAGAUAUCAGGAUUUCCGAAUUUCUCUCGAAACAAUUUUUCUACCACCACCAACAAUUUCAAGACAACUUGAAAAUACCUCCCAAAUCCAAAAAUACUAUCCCAGCAGCACAUCUUCUAUUCUGUAGAAGAACGACUGCGGCAGGAAUAGUCUCCUCGAUAUCUUUUCCACAAAGUAUCGACCUUAGACCAGAAUUGUACAGUUAUAGUUCUUCGAAAACUGUAACGAAUACAAAUUCUCCCAUCCAUUCACCCAUACGAAAAGAGAGGGCGAAUCUCCAGAUAUUCGCACUUUUUUUUGAGAGCGAUUAAUUUCUGCCCACUCAGGAAGAAACAUAACCACAAAUCCUCUCUCCACUCAUCCUUUCUAUCGAGUUAAUUUGAAAAGAUUCUCUUUCUUGUUAAUAGACUUCGAUUCUAAUUCAAUCUCGACCAUCUGCGAAGGCACACUGCCCGUCACCCACUCCUAUCGCGAUAACGUCAUACAAAUUAAUUACAAUCCCUUCUUACGAAAAGAUACACGAGGUCACCUUCGACAAACAGUUCACCCUAUGACUUCCGUUCCCCAACAAUCUCAAAACCAAAGCCAGGCCUCAAACACCACCAGCGCGUCGCAGUCGACCCAGUCGUACGCUUCUACCGCAAAGAAGGCAGUCUCGUCGCCACCUAUCGCGACGAGCUCCUCGACUCCAUCACCCGCCGUGGCUGUCGGAGGUUCUGCGCCGGUACAGCAACAUGGAAAAUCAUCCUCUAUCUCACCGGUAAACGGUAGAGCUUCGAUUCCUCCUGCUGUACCGGCAGUUUCUGCACCUGCUAUCGCCCAUAGCAACGCUGCAGUCAACGGUGGUUCGACUGACCACAGCCGUAAGAGUUCGGUUACAAUUAGCGCAAACGGUCCUGCAGGUUAUGUUCCCAAUGGAGGUCCAGUCGGUGGCUCAAGAGGUGGCAUUCGAUUUGGAGCAUUAAUGGAUUCUCCUGCCGCUUCCCACAGCAUCCCACAAAUCUCUCAGCCCGCCUCGGAACCAAUCCCAAUCCCAGGAAACAACCCAAGAGUAGUUUCGCCAGCAACCUCGCCAUCUCCCAUCCCUCAACCAACUGCAAGUGGUGGAAGACCUCCAUCUGGAAUCUCUCAACAAGGAAACAUGACUUUUGGUAGUUUAGGCAACGAUGGUGAUCGUCAUAUGCGACAAGCAGCCUCCCAAGGACCUUUGGCACCUAACAGUCAGGCAGGCGGUCACCUCCGUCGUGAAUCUUCGCAUUCGGCACAAAGUGACAACAAUCAAGGCCCAGGAGCUGGACGUGGUGGUUAUCAACAAGGUGGUGGUCGUGGACGUGGUGGAUUCAACCAACAAUACACAAGCCAUGCUGGUUUCCCUCCACAAAACCCACCACAAUUCAGAAACAACCAAAAUGCCGGACGUGGUGGCAUGCCUCCUUUCCAAAACCAAGGUCGCCCACCAUAUCAAAACUCCCCACACCAAGCCGCUCGAAGCCCAGCCCUUUCGAACUCAAUUCCCGGUACUCCUAACAUGAACCAGGCGUUGCCCAUGCAAAGCCCACAACAAUUUAACGCUCAUGCUUACUAUCAGCCAUCUCACAUGGGAGCUCCUCAAGUACAACAAGGCUAUCAAUACCCGACUCAUCCCUAUGGUCCUUACCCCGGUAUGCCUCUAAUGGGUGGCCCUCCAACUUUCCAGUACCCUCAAGCUGGUUAUAUGCACCCUGGUCCACCCCAAUCACCCCAACCAGGCUACAAUCAACCAUAUAUCGCUGGUCAGUAUACACAACAGGCACCACAACCUAUGUCCCGCAAUUCGUCCCAAAUGUCUGAACAUCGACCAGCAUCGAGUAUGGGCCAAAACCAAGUUCCUAUGAUCACACCCUCUACUUCGCAUACACCUCAGCCAAAGCCUGUUGCUCAAAACACCUUCUCUAGACCAACCCGCAAGAGUGCUGCUAUUGUCAUUAAGAGACCCGAUGGCGAUGUCUUGAACGUUGAUGCAAUCAAGGCACCUGCUUCUCCAGCUCCUAGCAACAGGACUAGAACACCACCUGUCAUUGCUUCUUCCACACCAACACCUCCACCAAAGUCUGCUACUCCUCAACAUACUCGCACUGAUAGCUUAGCUACCAAGUCUGCUGAAGAGAUUCGCCAAGAGAUGCAAGAAAAGGUCAAGAAAAUGGCAGCAGGCGGUGACAAGGUCGACGAGGCCAAGAAUGAGGAGGCCGCUAAGGCCGCCGAAGCUGCUGCCGCCGCUGAAGCCAAGUUGAAGGAGGAAGAAAAGGCAAAGGAAGAAGCAAAGGCCGCCGAAGAGGCCAAGGCUAAGGAAGAAGCAGACGCGAAAGCUGCUGCUGAGAAGGCCCAGAAGGAAGCAGAUGACGAGUUGGAACGACAAAUUGCCGAGAUGGAGGCAGCUGAAGCUGAACGAGAGAAGAAAGAAGCUGAACUUCUCGCUAAGCGUAACGCUGAGAAAGCAAGACUUGCCGCCGAGAAGGCCGAAGCCGACAAGGCCAAUGCAGCAGAAAAUGACCGCAAACUCAAGGAGCAGGAGCGCGAGAUGGAACGCCUCGAAGAUGAAAAGGAGAAGAAGAGAGCAGAGGCCGAAGCCAAGGCUAAAGGUGGCGAUGUCAAGAAGGAUGAGGAGACCCCAGACACUCUCGCUACAAAGCUCUCAAAGGCUACCCUCGAAACCGACAGCGGUGCAUCAACUCCUACUUCUGAUGACUCCAUGGGCCCACCUCCCAAGUCACUUGCUGCCGAGAAGCGAGGCAAGCCUGCUGCGCUUAACCUUGCACCCCUUAACACUAAGCCUGUUGAGCCACCUCAACCUAGUGCAGCUCUCCAGUCGCUCAAAUCUGCUCGUUUCUUGGCUGUCCUCGACUCCUCUAUCUAUCCAGCCAACAUCAACUCGCCAAACCCUGCUUUGAACUCUGCCGCCAAUGCCAAGGGCAAGACCUUCAAAUACGACAAAGAAUUCUUGCUCCAAUUCCAAAAGGUAUUCACCGAGAAGCCAUCCAUGGAAUUUGAGUCACAAAUCAAGGCUCUCAUCGGGGAUGACCCAAGCUCUGCCAGACCUGGUGGAUCGCAGAGAACACCUGGUGGUAUGGGUCCUCGAGGAUCAAACCGUGGUGGCGGAAAUGCUGUUGGUCAAUUCACCAUGGGUCAAUUUGGUGCUCAAGGUGGAAAGACUCUUCCGCCUGGUACUACAAGCGAGAUGCGUUUUGCUAUGUCUCAAGGCAAUAUGGCAAGACCAGCCCUCAACAACCCUCUAGCUUCAUUCCAGCGUCCUGGCGGAGCUUUCCCCGGUGGCUCUAUGCAACGAACCAACUCUACCAACUCCAUGCCACACUCUCCACGUCAAGCAAGCAGAUCCACCCGUGGUGGUAGCAAGCGUGAAGGCGGCUACCAAGGCAGUAAUGCCAAGCAAGAGGCUCAAGCCGCAGCAAAGAUGCCUCUUACCAGCGGUAUGGAAAUCAAGCCCAUUCAAAUUUCUUCUACUGGUUGGAAGCCACGCAGUGUCGGCCAAACUCAAUCAGCUACUGGUGCUGCUGGGCCUACACCUGGUGCCACUCCAGGCGCUGGCCACAUGGAUCCCGACAUGGUUCAAAGAAAGGUCAAGGCAGCUUUGAACAAGAUGACUCCUGAGAAGUUCGACAAGAUUGCCGACCAAAUCUUAGUUAUUGCUGCACAGUCUAGAGACGAGGCAGAUGGACGCACAUUGAGACAAGUCAUCCAACUUACUUUCGAGAAAGCCACCGACGAAGCUCACUGGGCUUCUAUGUAUGCCAAGUUCUGCAAGCGCAUGUUGGAGACCAUGAGCCCUGAUAUCAAGGACGAGAGCAUCUUAGACAAGAACAAAAACAUCGUCUCUGGUGGUAACCUUUUCCGAAAGUACUUGCUCAAUAGAUGUCAAGAAGAAUUCGAGAGAGGUUGGAAGAUUGACUUGCCAGAGAAGCCUGAGGGUGAACGCGAGGAUGCUAAGACUGAAGAAGCUGUGAUGCUCUCAGACGAGUAUUACAUUGCAGCUGCUGCCAAGAGACGUGGUCUUGGUCUUGUUCAAUUCAUUGGUGAGUUGUACAAGCUUAGUAUGCUUACAGAGCGUAUUAUGCAUGAGUGUGUUAAGAAACUCGUGGACUACAAUGGCCUUCCUGAUGAAGCCGAGAUUGAGUCUUUGACUAAACUCCUCAAGACCAUUGGUCUUAACCUCGACAGCACUGAGAAGGGUAGACCAUUGAUGGAUGUUUACUUUGCUCGUAUCAAUGCCAUGAUAGAGCAACCUGAGUUGCCAAGUCGUCUCAAGUUCAUGCUCAUGGAUAUUGUUGAUCUUCGUAAGAAGGGAUGGGCUUCAAAGGAAGCAAACAAGGGACCUCAGACACUUGAUGAAGUCAGAGCAGCUGCCGAGGCUGCUGCUGCUGCAAAGGCUGCCGAGAACUCUAGGAGCCAAAGAGGUGGUGGUGGAGGACGCAUGCCAAUGGGUCGUGGUGACGGAAGAAACUUCUCCGGUGGAUAUGGUAACCAACCUCCUCCUGAUUACCAGAAGAACACUGUUGGUAUGGAUGACCUUCGUCGUCUUACAAACAAGGGUGGUGCAAGCCGAAACACCAACGCACAGAUGUCCUUUGGACCAUCAUCUAUGUUUUCUUCAAGAAGCAACAGUGGUCGAAAGAUGGGACCAGGAGGUUCCUUGGGCAGAACAGGUGAAGAUUCUGGAGCUUCUUCAAGAACAGGCACACCCCCACAAGACAAGGAUAGGAAAUCAGCUACUUCCGCAAAUGCGUUCAGUCUUCUAGCAGGAUUAGGAUCUGGCGAGACCGAAAAUCCAGCAUCUCCUCCUUCUACUCAUACUUCUCCAGUAUUGUCGAAGUCCACAGCAGCUUCUGACAAGAAGGAGGGGGAUGCUUGAUCGUUGAGCAUUAACAAAAGUGUUUAAUAAAACGGAUCAUUCUAAUUUCUGUGCAUAGGCGGCGGGCUAAUCUUGCAUUUACGGCGGGGCCUAUUUUCAAAGGGCGUCUUAAAAGUUCCUCAUUCUGUUCACUGUGAUACCUCAGAUUUCACACAUUAGACUAAAUUCCGUUAUCAUCAGAUCUUGUUUUCGGUCAUCUUUCUAAUGCAUUAUGCGGUAUUUGGUGCGUGGGACAAAAUGGGAUGCUUUCUAUCUGCAAAUUUCUUUGGCUGGCGGGGGUUGGAUUUGGACGGCGAUAUGGUUGGUAGCCGAUCACGACCUCUAAAAGCUUUUUAUUCUUCUGUCCAUAUUUUUUUUUCGUCUUUACGUGGCUCUAAUGAUCGAUGACCUGGUGUGCUUCAAUGCAUCCAUACGAUGGUCUACGAAUAUUACGCUCCCGCUUUUGCGUUUUUGUUUUUUUGCAUUGGCGCCAUUACGACUUGAUACCCUAAUGUCAUCUCCACCAAGUAAGGCAUGGGGCUUCAAGGUCGUUGCAUAAUGAUGAUGAGGUUUUUCUUUGAUAGCCUGGCUGGCUGGUGACGGUUGGUCUUGAGUGAAUCACAGAGCAAAAGAACAUGGAGAAAGCUUGUCUUGUUCUGGGGCCGGAGGAUAUAUCUAUUGUGAAAGCUAUGGAUUCGUGUCAAGGGGGUAUUGGAGGUCCCUGCUUGUGGGGAGGAACGCAGGGUGGAUGCUCGGAAAACCUUGUUGUACAAUUAUAAUCUCUUUUUUUCUGUCGUUGGUUUUUAUACCUUUCUUCUCUUUUUCAUCACGCCAGCCAGCUUCAGUGAGUAAGAACAAAUGAAAAUGAUAAAAUUUAUUCA